AUGUCAGGUCGUGGAAGAGGAGGUGGUGGCCGAGGCGCAUACUAUAAGGCGAGAUAUGGCGGCGGUGGCAGAGGUCGAGGCUCCAAUGCCCACAACGAGAGCAGCGAACAGCAUGCAUCAGCUCCGCCACAGCAUAGUCGUCAGACGAAAGACUGGCAGCAGCUCGAGAGUACACUGAGAAGUAUCGAUGGAGCUCAGUAUGGCGCCUACAAACAGCUGCUCGGACAGUAUAUCCACAGCAACCCGCGUUUCACACUCAGCGUCGACCACGUUCAAGGCGAUGCCUACGCCGCACCCUCGCGCAUACGAGUCAUCGUACCAUGGAAAGAGACUGGCCUUCCGGAUCACUAUCUCGACUCUGACAUCCGACGCAUAGCUCUCUGCGACUUUGUAUCGCGAGUCGCCGGAACAAUCAUACAGACGAAGCAUCUCGAUCAAAGUGUUAGCGGGACGAACGGUGGAUGGUCCGGACCCAAGGGCGGUGCGUUUGCGUUUUGCAGGCCUGGUCAGGAGAUCCUCCCUCGCACAUCUGCCAUGAUCUCAGGGAAUGAUUCCAUCGAACUUCGUCUAGCGGUAUCAUUGCCAGCUGCUGGACGGACUGUUCUCGGACAAGCAGCGCACAAGAUCCUCUCCACAAAUCUGACUGAUCUGAUUCAGCAGUCCUUGUUCCAUGGCAAUCUUGAUCAGAAGAAGCUGGCGCAACAUGUCCAGUCUGCAGAGAACCAGGAUUCGCUUCGUCAACAGCUGUCAAAGAUGGGCCUGAUUGCAUUGAUAGCCAACGGAUCAAUCCUACCCAGAGCUUCGGGCGCAUCGCAAGCACCUAUGGAUUCUGCCCAAGCCAUUCCCUUCCAGUCGCCCAAGAACCUAGAGGUCACGAUUACAACAGCAGCCGGUGCCGUCUACACUGGCAUGGGAAUCCCACGUGGCGUGACACUCCUCACAGGCGGCGGUUUCAACGGCAAAUCCGUCCUGCUCGAAGCGCUCGAGCGAGGCGUCUACAACCACAUCCCCGGCGACGGUCGCGAAGCAGUCGUCACAGAUCCUAGCACCGUGAAAAUCACAGCAGAAGACGGCCGCAGUGUCUCCAAGACAGACAUCAGCCCUUUCAUCGCCGCUCUUCCCGGUGGCAAAGACACUAAAGCAUUCUCCACCGAAGACGCAAGCGGCUCCACGUCCAUGGCCGCCAACAUCCAAGAAGCGCUCGAAGUGGGAUGUGAAACGCUGCUCAUCGAUGAGGACUCCUCGGCCACCAAUUUGCUCGUCCGUGACGCCCGGAUGCAAGCUCUCAUCCGCAACGAACCCAUCACGCCUCUCAUCAGCAAAGCUCGCGCUCUGUACACCGAGCUGGGAGUCAGCACGGUGAUUGUCAUCGGUGGUCUAGGAGACUGGCUUGCAGUCGCCGAUAGGGUAAUUCUUCUCGACUCCUACAUUCCCCGCGACAUCACAAGCGAAGCACAACGCGUGGUCGAGCAGUUCCCCAGCGAGGUCGUGCAGGAUGAUCACUACGGCUCGAUCCCGAGACGACAGUUGAAAGUCGAUCUGAGCGGCUUGCGAACACCAUUCGCGGCGAGGAAGACGUUCAUCGCGCUCAGCUCGCAGGUCAAAGAUGCGGUCGAUGACCAUUCUCGGGCGGAAAGUGGUGUUGAUCUGGGAGGACUGGAGCAGAUUGUGGAGAUUGGACAGACACGCACGAUUGCUGUGUUGCUACAGCAGGUUGCGGCGUUGACGGAGAGGGAGGCGUUGACGAUGGAGGAGAUACUCCAAAAGUUGAAGCAAUACGUGGGUGUGGAGGAGACUCUGCCGAUGGACUUGGUGGGUGGCGAGUUGGUCGCGGUUAGGAGAUUUGAGAUUGCGGCGGCAUUGGCGAGGAUCAGAGGUAUGGCGCUGCGAGUCGACGUCGGGCAGUGA